UGUUCCCCACGUUGCUCACUUGUACUCGUAUACAAGUAGUCAAAUCACACAAUCAGCGUCUCUCAAUAAAAAAAUCAGACAAUCAGUACACAUUAAUUUCCUCUCUUUUUUGUUUUCCCACAUAUACAAUAGUCAAGUUAAGUUUCAGUCAGAGAUAGACAGAGAUGAGUGGAGAAGGUAAAGCAGUGUGUGUAACAGGAGCAUCAGGUUUCAUAGCAUCAUGGAUUGUCAAACUUUUAUUGGAUCGUGGCUACACUGUUCAUGCUACUGUCCGGUCUCUUGCUGAUCCAAAAAGGACAGAACAUCUAUGUGCUCUUGAUGGAGCUAAGGAAAGGCUAUCUUUGUUUGAAGCUAGCUUAACUAAAGAAGGUUCCUUUGAUGCUGCAGUUAAUGGAUGUGUAUGCGUGUUUCACACUGCAUCUCCUGUUCACUUGGACACUGAUGACCCUCAGGCACAAUUGAUAGGUCCUGCAGUGACGGGGACACUUAAUGUUCUCAAAUCAGCUGCUAAAGUUCCAUCGCUCAAGAGAGUUGUCUUGACAUCUUCUAUAGCGGCAGUUAUGUAUGCUGGUAAGGAAACUGAGUCUGUUCCCGCUGUGAUCGAUGAAACCUGGUUCUCCGAUCCAGCCCUUUGUGAGCAAAAACAGUUGUGGUAUCCUCUUUCAAAGACCUUGGCCGAAGAAGCUGCUGUAAAAUUUUCAAAAGAGCAUGGAUUGGAGUUGGUGGCUAUAAAUCCUGGCUAUGUGAUCGGUCCUAUUUUACAGCCAACUCUUAAUGCCACUUCUGAGGGAUUUAUGGACUUGAUAAAAACUGGAAAGGAAGUAUUCCCCAAUGGAAUAUUCAGGCUUGUUGAUGUCAGAGACGUUGCUACUGCACAUAUACUAGGCUUUGAGAAUCCGGAAGCUAAUGGUAGAUAUUGCGUGGUUGGUAAUGUGGUUCGAUCUUCAGAGAUCAUAAAGAUCGUACAUAAACUCUAUCCAUCUCUUGUCCCUUCUGAAAGAGUUAAAGACAGCAACACUGAGCCACUACCUUACACUGUAUCAAGGGCAAAGGCAGAAAGUCUAGGCGUUAAGUUUACUCCGAUUGAGGAUAAGAUGAUGAGUGGAGGAGAAGGGAAAGUGGUGUGUGUAACAGGGGCAUCAGGUUUCAUAGCUUCAUGGAUUGUUAAGCUCCUUUUGGAUCGUGGCUACACUGUUCGUGCUACUGUCCGCUCCCUUGCUGAUCCAAAAAGGACAGAACAUCUACGUGCUCUUGAUGGAGCGAAGGAAAGGCUGUCUUUGUUUGAAGCUAGCUUAACCGAUGAAGGUUCUUUUGAUGCGGCAAUUAAUGGCUGUGUAUGCGUGUUUCACACGGCAUCUCCUGUUCACUUGGACACUGAUGACCCUCAGGCAGAAUUGAUAGAUCCUGCAGUAAAGGGGACACUUAAUGUUCUUAAAUCAGCUGCUAAAGUGCCAUCACUCAAGAGAGUCGUCUUGACAUCUUCUAUGACAGCAGUUAUAUUGGCUGGUAAAGAACCCGAGUCUGGUCCUGCUGUGAUAGAUGAAACCUGGUUCUCAGAUCCAGCAAUCUGUGAGCAAAAAAAGCUGUGGUAUCACCUUUCAAAGACUUUGGCUGAGGAAGCUGCUGUGAACUUUUCAAAAGAGAAUGGUUUGGAAUUGGUGGUUGUAAAUCCUGGCUAUGUGAUUGGUCCUCUUUUACAGCCAGCUCUCAAUGCCACUUCCGAGGGAUUUAUAGACUUGAUAAAAACUGGAAAGGAGGUAUUCGCCGAUGGAAUAUUCAGGCUUGUUGAUGUCAGAGACGUUGCUACUGCACAUAUAUUAGCCUUUGAGAAUCCGGAAGCUAACGGUAGAUAUUGCGUGGUUGGGAAGGUGGUUCGAUCUUCUGAGCUCAUAAGGAUCGUACAUAACCUCUAUCCGUCUCUUGUCCAUUCUGAAAGGGUCAAAGACAGCAAUGUUGAGCCGCUACCUUACACCGUAUCAACGGCAAAAGCAGAAAGUCUAGGCGUUAAGUUUACUCCGAUUGAGGAAAGUAUCAAGGACAUUGUUGAAAGCUUGAAGGAGAAGAACUUACUGGCAUUCUAAAACACCAGAGAGUUGGAAGACAAUGGCAUUCUAUACACCAAUAAUGUGGGAACUGAUUCUAGUUUUCUCCCCAACUCUAUGGUUUUAAAUUCUGACUAUUUCUGAGUGCAAUGAAUCUUUGCUUUUAUGCUA